UUGUUCUUCCCCUUUGUGGGAUUCAUUUAUACGCCUUCCUCGGCUUGGUACUUGAUUAGGUUCCUUGCCAAAUCGUAAGAAAGGAAGCGUCGGUUGCUGUGGACUGAGUCGACGAUCAGAUAUCCACUACUAAUCAUACACAUAUUGUUUUUCGACUUCCUUCGCUUUACCCGCUUCGAGUGACGGGUGCUGUAUUUAUACCUACGCGCACGCGAUCCGACCUGCGAACUCUUUUCAACUCCAGGACAUAUCCCGGAUAUAAUAAUACCUUAAUUUUAGUCACAAGUUGUGCCUGCUUGGAAAAGCAGUAAUUAUCGCAAGAUGCUCCGAACCAUACCAGCCGUGGCCUUGGCCUUGCUGGGCGCGUCGACGACUGUCCUUGCCGACACCGCAGCUACAUGCUCUCUAACCCAGAAAUGCCCUAAGGAAACCCCGUGCUGUUCUCAAUACGGUCAAUGUGGUGUUGGCGCGUACUGCUUGGGUGGAUGUGAUCCGCGCAUGUCCUUCUCUCUCGACUCGUGUGUUCCCGAGCCGGUAUGCCAGGAUCGAACAUUGUCGAUGGAUAACACUAAGGGUAUCGUUGACGUUGGAAAAUAUCUUGGCGAUUCUAGCAAAGCAGACUGGGUUGCUCAAGGCACACCACUCGCCCACAGCGGUAAUGUCCUUUUGACUAUGCCAGAAAACUCCGUCGGAACCGUUCUCGCGUCAACCGUUUAUAUGUGGUACGGAAAUGUGAAGGCCAAGAUCAAGACCGGCAAGGAUGCAGGUGUUGUCACGGCGUUCAUUCUCCUUAGUGACGUGAAGGACGAAAUUGACUUCGAGUGGGUUGGUACCGAGCUGGAUAUUGCCCAGACCAAUUACUACUUCCAAGGCAUACCUGACUAUACACAUUCAGCCAACAUCACAGGCCUUUCGAAUACCAACGAUAAUUUUCACGAGUACGAGAUUCGGUGGACUCCGGAUCAGAUUCAGUGGUUGGUAGACGGUAAGGUUGGCCGAACGCAACUCAAGUCCAAGACGUGGAACUCUACCUCCAACCAAUGGGACUUCCCUCAGACACCCGCCCGUGUUCAGCUUUCCAUUUGGCCUGGUGGCUCUGAUAAGAACGCCAAAGGUACUGUUGAUUGGGCCGGUGGACCUAUCGAUUGGAACAGCGCCGAUAUCAAGAAGGACGGUUACUACUACGCUACCGUCGGCGAGGUUACUAUGGAAUGCUACAAGACCGAUAAAGCGCCCGGUACAAACUCGGGCAAGAGUUACACCUUUAACAACGCGAAGGCGACUAAUGAUACCGUUGAGGAUGGUGACUCGAAUACGGUCUUGAAAUCCCUAUUGGGAACUGGCUUGGACAUGGACAAGGACCUCCCGAGUUCGUCGAGCGCAUCACAGAGUGGACAGGAAGUCAUUCCCGGCCUAAGCGGUGGCGGCCCUGGUACUAAUGGUCAGGCCGCUGGAGGAAGCAGCGGCUCUGACAGUGCUACUACUGCCGGUAGUGCUCCCAGUGCAGCUUGCACGGACGGCUUCCAACAAGUCUGCGGUUCCAGCGAUGGUGGCAGCUCAAACCAAGGUGUGCGACAGGAACGCGUCCUCGGCGCGAGUGCAUUUGCGGCUCUAAUUGCCGUUGCUGCUAUGAUAUGGGCAUAAGCCAUAACAAUAGCAAGAGUGAACAUACCACCUUUUUUUCGUGAACAUAUUCGAUAUGAGAUUAAGGGUACUACUGAGGCUAUUCUAAUGGGUGAGGAUCUAUAGGAUCCUUCGAACGACUCGGGUUUAAUGAUUCGC